GGAUGUGAUUCGCCCAGAAGCCAUAUUAUUUCAAAACAAAACCCAGGAAAAAGCUAAAUACUUUGGAAAUUUAGCCUUAAAACUCGCUGUUUUAAGCGUCGUGUAUUGAUUUUUAGGCAAUAGAUUGUUUACGAACAAUCUAGCCAAUAUAGAGUGUCCAUUUUGAUAUAGUUGAUCCCUGUCUUCGGCGAAGAGAAGAAAACCAUCGAACCAAAAAUGAGGUUCACGGCUCCCGAAAAAAACAACCCGAAUAUGUAUCGGUGUUGUUUCUGUGUUCACGUCCGAACUGGGGCGAUUUUGCUGGGAUUAUGGCACAUGGCAAUGCAUCUGAUUGUCCUCUCACUGUUCGGUGUGAUGAUGAUUCACCCAGAGAUUCUCCAGUCGAACAGGACUGUAGCUGUCACCUCGGACACCGUCAACAUCUACCUGAAUGAGUAUGACAAGAAUGAUGACGCCUACAUGAACUGGUUCCAGGAUAGGAAGUGGACAACUGAGGACAAAUAUGUUGGCCUGUUGAUCACUCUGUGUUCAUUCCUGCUCACAGCCUUGUUGGUUUACGGAGCACUGAAGGCCAAGCCAGGUUACCUGAUGCCAUUCUUCUGCCUGCAAGUGUUUGACUUCUGCAUCACUUGUCUCAGUGUGGUGUGCUAUUUCUCCUACAUGCCCAACAUUAAGCAAUGGAUCAGAGAGCAGGACAACCUACCAUUUAAGGAGGAGCUGCUGAACUUCGACGCUCAAUGGCUCAUGUUGAUAGUCAUUAUGGUGUUUGUCCUACUGAUGUCCAUGAAGGCUUACUUUAUUGGCGUUGUCUGGGCUUGCUACAAAUACUUAAGCAGGAGAAACAUUGAACAGGCUGUCACCACAUACAUGGAUGGCGAACAUGGAACCGAUUCUGAGAUGCUUCUACCCCCCAAGUACGAAGAUGCGAUCAAGUAUCCAGUACAGAUGUCUCACCUUCCACCUCCUCCACCCUACACAGCUGCUAAUUAAGACGACCAAUCAAGACGUUUAUCACCAGCACUCAGACGUGCAUCAAUUCCUAGUUUAAAGUAUUUAUCUUUAUUUCAAUAAUUAAUUGUAUUAGAAUUAAAUUUGAUAAUUAUGUGACCUUGCUGAAAAUGAUUUCAAACGUUUUGAAAACUCUGAUGGAGAUUUUGACCCUCUUACAAAAGUGUGGGUCAAAGAUCUCCCUCAUCUUUCUGAAAGAUUAUGCCGCACUUUACAGAAAGAAUAUAAUCUAUUGUAGAUUGAAAGUUUUAUGCCUCUUCAUGUCAAAUGUUCAGCAACAUACUUUAUGUUCCCUGGUUUUUUUUUUUUUGGAGGUGGGUUAGUGAUAGGUGAGAAAUAUUUAUUUCAUACCCCAUUUACCAGGUUUUGUCCAAUACUUUCAACUAAAUGUGGUUCAGAGAGAAUAUUUGCUGUAGACUUGAAGUGAUUUAAUCUACUGAAAGUUUAGGAGGGUUUGAAGGUUUGGAAGUAAUAAUGAUGGCGAAUUCCAACCGUCUGUGGCCACUGUUCCUGUAGGUGAAGUCCUUUUUUGUCUGUGAUAGGUAAGAGUUUUGAAACAAGGAACUAGAGGUAUAUUCUUAGGUUAUGAAUACUCUCUGUUCCUCUCUGUAAGUCAACUUUUUGAGUGAGGAGGGGGGAGCGUAUUUAAAAUUCUUGUAUGCUGGUUGUUGCUCCUUUGUUGGCAGUUGUUCAAUAAUAAUCUGCGGGUUAUAAAUAAGUAAGGAGAAUCAUAAUAUUUUUAAGUAGCCUAGUCAUUGGAAUAGAGGUGUUACUGUGUGUGAAAUAAAUUGAAAUGAACAAUUGAGCUAGGAUUAGGGGUGUUGGGUGACUUUUAACUUCUUCAUUUCAUUCUCAAUGCACGUGUUAUUGUCAUAUAGAAAAGUGAUGUUAUUCCAAGAAUUUUGCAAGAUUUCUGUUGCUUUCGAUAGACCAUGUUAUUCGCCUUUAGACUGCAUGUUAAGCGCCCUGUCAAAGUAGGUGCAUGUUGCGUAUGAAGAAAUGGAAGAAAUAAAGGGAAAGUGGAGAAAAAAUAUUUUACCUUGAAUAUCUCGAGGAAGUAUAAUUUGUCCUACGCCAUACAAUGGGUAAUUUGUGCAUGAUCAGUUUGUGGAAUUAGCUGAGUGUCUGCAUUUGACCCCGUGCGCCUACUUUUGUCAGAGCACGUCACAUAUAGAUUCAUUGUAUUGAUAAGAUUAACAUAGAUCAGGUAGUAACGUAUAUUAUUGUCACAGUAAUGGUUGUUUGUUGAAAUUCAUUUCAACUUCAUUGUACUAGUGCUCUUUAAAGAUAGUAUUUUGCAUCUCAUGCUGUGUUACCAUAUUCUAGGGCCUAGAUUCUAAGUUGUGGGAUUUCAUAAUUAUCAUUUCCAGUUUUAUUGUUAUGCAGGGUGUUGGGAAUUUUACUAUCAAAUUCUACAUUUUUAGGACAGCUAAAAAAAUUAUUUCCCUGCAAGAUCUUGUAUCAGUUUCUGUGAUUUUGAACUUUGGAGACAUUUUAGUGUUACUUCAUCUUUUCAAGAUAAAUUAUCUAAAAUUGAAGAACACUGUCAACAUGACAUGUGUGAUCAAGCCAAGUUCUUAUGAUAAUCAAGAGUGCUUUGUGGUUUAUUAAACAGCACAAGCAAUUGUGUAAUUAAAAAAUGGUCAGAAAACAGAGAGUGAAAGAAAUAACAUGUCCAAAACGAAGAAACUUUGCCAAAAAAAAGUUCUUUCAAUCCUUAAAAAUGGCACUGUUAAAAUAUUUCCAUGUUUUGUUCUUCUUUUCCUUUUAUUUUCACUUCUUAUCCAUGUUUGAUCACUUUUUAAGCCACAUUCAUCAUUUCAUCAAGUGUUGUGUUGGGCACCAGUCUCCCUCAGUUGAUUGUAUAACACUUCUGUGACUAGUAUCCGGUCUUGGCUAAAAAUCUGAGAAAUUGUUGAUGGUGUGCCCAUCCAGAUAAUAUUUGUCAUUGUCAAAACUAGUCCAGAAAUUUUGUCCUAUGAACUGAGCCAACGCUAACAGCACAUAUGAAUGGUACCAGACAGAAUCACUGUGUUCAGUCAUCUAUGUCUAAUAGUUCUAAGAUUGGUGUAGUGUGGAGCACCAGUGGCCGUGCAUAUAAUUUGAAAAUCAUUCAUUCAUUAUUGUUCGUGAUUUGACUUACAAAUACAUAUAAAGCAUAGUUAUGAAUAAAUGUAACUCCGUGUGUCUUGCGCUGUGGUAAGUUCUGAUAUUUAUUUACAAAAUUUACCCCCUGAAUUUUGACUGAAAUGUGUUUAUUUCCCAUUUUAUAGAUAUCUAACAUUUCUGUAUUCCCUGAUCAUUGAUUUGAAUGACCAGAUGAUCAAGAUCCUUGAAAAAGAUUUUUCUCCUUUUGAAAGCACUUUGUAUUUUUCAGCGUUGUGGUUCUCCUGUAAAUUUGCUGGAUGCCCUUCUCUUUCCCUUUCAAUUCAUUGGAAAUGUGUAAAAAGCGUGACUUAAAUGCCUAUGUCCAGUCUCUCUGCUUGGUGUCCACCAAAAUAAACACUGUUCUUAAAUCA